AUGUCCGGCGGCGAGGAUGCCGCUUCCUGGGCCUCGAUACCGACUGAAUUCCUCCUCGCGGAACUAUCCAAGCGACAUGGACCUCCGGUCACGAAUGCCGAAGCUGCUGCGGCAGAGGCGACGAAGCCACAAUGCGGUUCAUCAAGAAAGGAGUCCUACGAUACCGCGCUGCACAUUGGCGCGCUGAUCUUGAUAUUGGCGCUGAGUACAAUCUGUAAGCGACACCUUUCUAGUUUCUACUGCACGACGAUACCUAGCGAGGCCAUGAUAUCCUACGAUGGAACUUGGAAGGAGCUUCUACCCAAGUUCUUAGUACAACAUCAUGUUGAGAAGCCCAAGCUAAUGAUGAUAGCAUGCGGAAUCCCGUUACUCCCCAGGAGAACCUCCAAAGGCCGACCGCAGAGCAUAAUCCUAUUCUACUGCCAGCACUUCGGCACCGGCGUCCUCCUCGCAACGUCCUUCGUCCACCUUCUCCCAACCGCCUUCACCUCACUCACCGACCCAUGCCUCCCAUUCGUCUUCAAUAAGGGUUACCCCCAGAUGGCAGGCUUGAUCGCCAUGGUAGCAGCACUCUCCGUCGUCGCCCUCGAGUCCUACCUAGCCACCCGCGGAGCCGGUCACUCCCACUCCCAUUCACACGAGUACGAGUACUGGGAUGACGAAGAGGGCAGCGGGCAUUCCCCAGCAAACGCGCAUGCCGCAGGAAGCUUGGCGUCGCACAGACACGGCUCUCACCGGCCGGAAGACAUCAACCUCGACAACAUGGAUUCGACUCAGGGGUUAAUGGCCGGCGCAUCGCCAUUGCCGAGCUCGACGCCGACGCGUGCGAAAGCGAACGAUAGCCUCGCCAACGGUCGAGACAGCUUCGACGACGACGAUGAAUCGGACAUUGACCUCGACGUCAAUGAGCUGGACCCAACCCCCGCCGACGAGCCCAGACGCCGAAGCUCACCUGGCAUCCGCCCAAAGAUUACAGUUACUCCCGGCGCACCCCAGAUCGUUACGGAAGAGGAGCAGAGUAAGCUCCUCCGCCAGUGUCUACUACUAGAAGGAGGCAUUCUCUUCCACAGCGUCUUCAUCGGCAUGGCCAUCUCGGUCGCAACAGGUCCGACCUUUAUCGUCUUCCUCAUCGCCAUCAGCUUCCACCAGACAUUCGAGGGCCUCGCUCUCGGCAGCCGAAUCGCUGCCAUCCAACUGCCCCGUUCCUCGGCGCGGCCAUGGCUCAUGGUUCUUGCGUUCGGAGGCACGACGCCACUCGGUCAGCUCAUUGGUCUCAUCGUGCAUAACUUGUACGAUCCCAUGAGCCAGACUGGGCUGUUGAUGGUUGGAUUCAUGAACGCCAUCUCGGCUGGGCUGCUCCUCUUUGCUGGACUGGUUCAGCUACUAGCCGAAGACUUUCUCUCAGAGAAGAGCUACAAGAUUCUGCAGGGACGUAAACGGCUGAAUGCCUAUAUGGCUGUGAUUGGCGGAGCAUCACUCAUGGCCAUUGUUGGAGCGUUUGCCUAG